AUGGAACGGUUGGGUCUCGGGCGUUUAGUGUCAUUGAUCGCGAUCGUGUUGCUGGUGCGAACAUGCAGUGGCCAAGACAUUCUGGGAUCGUACUUUAGGUGUCGCAAUGAGUUUGAAGUCGAACCAAGUGUCUUUGAAGCAUUACGCACGGGUGACUUCUCCGUGAGGAACCCCUUUGUCGAGUGCUUUGGUGAAUGCUUUGUGAAGCGAGCUGGCUUCAUGAAUGAUAACUUCACUUUCAACCGGGACACGAUCAUGCGCUUCAUGAGUCGCUUCGUGUCGAAGGAGAUAGCGGAGGUCGUGUACAAAAACUGCACCGAGAACGUGAUACCGACGUACUGUGUUACCGCGUUCGAGGUGUACCAGUGCAUCUACGAGAACACGUCCAAGAAGUGGGACAGCCGAAAAUAG